AUGUUCAGCCCUAUCGGGCCCGUGUUUUUGCACUCCUGUGCGGUCUACCAUCGCUACAUCCAAGAGGUAGCCGCUGGAGAUCUGAGUCUCCCGCCGUACCAGCAGACGACCAGUGGAGAUGUUAUCGUGCAUCAUGGCGAAGUCUUUUGCCGCAUGACCAAUUGCGAAUACCGCCGCGUCCCACUUUCAACCACCAGCGUCCUCCGCUCUCACAUCCGCAAGCAUGGUGUUAUGGUGGCUCGGUGUCCUCCUGGCCGUAUCAGCCAGGGUGGCCAGGAUGUCGCACUUGCAUGGUUCCAGGCACUAUUUGCCGAAAGUGAGGAAAGUUAUGUGGAUACCGAGUGA